AAGAGUUUAUGCUGACCCUUCUUGAUGCAAUUGAGAUGCUGUACCUGUGCUGGAGGGAAGUAGCACCAGAGACUAUUGUAAAAAGUUACAAUGGAGUAACUUUCAAAUUAGAAACUGAGACAAAUUAUAAUGACAAUGAGGUUGAAAGUGAUUUUGCUUUGAUUUCACAUGCACAGGCAGCUGGAGUACAGUUUCCAGAAGGCUUGUCUUUGGAAGAAUAUGCAGCUCUAGAUGAUGGCUUGGUAACUUAUGAAGUGCCCACAAAUAAUGAAAGGAUGUCUGCCAAAGAAAGUGCAUCAGAUAAAGCUGAGACGUUUGUUGGUGAUGAGGAUAAGGAUGAAGAUGAUCGACUUCAGGGAGCUGAACAGCUUUUACCAUCCAAAAAUGAAGCUUUAGAUACCCUUUGGAAGUUUCUCAGUAGUCAAGACACAGAUGAUUCUCUUUACAAUUCCCUAGCUGACUUGGAGAAUUUUAUUCAACAUGUAGCAUGUGAAUAAAUAUUUUCGCAA